AUGGCCUCAGAAACAAACCCAGAGACAAACCCCCCAGUCGAGCCCCAAGCUGAGCCAACAGCGACCGCCGCUCCUGUUACCUGGGAAGGCACCAUCAAGGAUUACUUCCUCCCGAGCGACGUGGAUUGCAUGCUCAACGCCGGUGGCUUCGAUCUGAGCAACAAGGAUGACGUGGCCGGCAACGCCACCAAGAUCUAUGUGCGCGUGAAGAACAAGUCUAUGCCGAAGCAAAUGCCCCCCUGGACUCAGCAGAACCCAGACCCGGCGCACCCCCUCUGGACGGACGAAAUGUGCGCCAACUUCAAGACCUGGAUGGAUAACGAGUUUCCAUGA